GAAACUAAUGCGAAUUUGUUUGCUGGGCUAUCUUUUACCAGUAGAGCCCACUUUCUUCUUCCAUAUAUAAAAGCUUGGCGUUUCCAAAAGAAAAGUAUUGUAUAAAAGCUUGGAGUUCGAUUUUGAUUCUGUUUCCACUAGAAAAUUCCUCAACAGAACGGUGGUGAAUCGCUGAAUGGAGUCGGAAAGAGGAGAAAAUCCUCGUCGGAAACUGCUAAAACGUUGCGAUGAUGCUGACGUUUCCGGUGAUGACCAGGCGAUCCUGGUCGAUCGGAUUAGCCACCUACCGGAAGCAAUUCUCUGCCACAUUCUUUCCUUCCUCCCGACAAAAUCCGCAGUGGCAACGAGCUUUUUGUCCAAAAGCUGGGAUCGCCGGUGGACUAAAGUAACCAAUUUUGAUUUCAAGGAUUUACCGUGGCGUCGAUGGCGUACCACCGGGACCGAGAGCUCUCUUUCGGCAAACCCCGGCGGUGGUGUUCCAAAGAUGGAUUUUGUGGGCUUUGUUAACAUGGUUUUGCUCAAUCAGAGUCGUGAAAACUCCAUAAACAGGUUUCGCCUCCAAAUUAAGAAUCGCCCUUUUGUUAAUUUCUCGUUUAUUUUUCUCAACAUAUGGGUCACUACUGCUGUUACUCGAAAUGUUCGUGUUCUUGAUUUGGAUUUAUCGCCACAUUUACCACUGCAUGACGAUUCUGAUGAUGACUAUCAUGAUUCUGAGUUUCACUUACCUGAUGCACUCUAUAAUUGUGGCACUUUAGAGGUUCUGAAAUUGGAAGGGGCUUUUCUGAUUAAACCACCCUCUAUGGUUUCUCUUCCGAAACUUACUGAUCUGGAACUCCUUUCGGUUAAAUUUGAUUCGGAUGAGUCUUUUAGUCGGCUUAUUUCUGGUUGUAGGAUGAUCCACUCUCUCGUGAUGAGUAGGGAUCACUGUAAUGAUGGCAUGACUGUUUGUACAAUUUCUUCUCCUGUUUUAAAGCUUCUUCAGUAUUCUCAAGAUUUCUGCCAGAAAUGUGAUAUGCAGGCUGAGCAUCAUUUGCAGCUUAAAAUUGAUACACCUGCACUCCAAAGACUCACUCUGUUUGAUUUUCUUACGGAGGUAAUCGUGCGAGGUUUGACUUCCUUGGAUGAAGUAAAUCUUGAAAUUCCUUAUAUUCAGCCUGAAAAGACUGUGAGGUUGAUUCAAGCUUUUGAUUACGUGAAUUCUCUGGCUUUAUAUGAUUCUACCAUGAGGAUAGUCAGCAAAGCCAUCAACACACUGUCAUCAAGUUUUGAUAAACUAACUAAAUUGGCUGCCCGAGUUGAAUGCUGCCAGUUCAGCCAUCUUAUGAGUUUGAUUGAUCGUUGUGCCACAUUAAAGUCACUCCAGAUUGGGAAGUGCCGAGUCCUUUGCCCACAUCACGACAAAAGUUUGGGUGAUCCCCCGAGGAGGAUUCCUAAAUGCUUCUUGUCUAGCCUCACCCACGUUUCAUUUUUGGACUUUGAAGGUCAUGAGAAUGAGAUGGCCUUGUUAAGGUUUAUAGCAGAUCACGCGUCGAGGUUGACAACCCUUAAUGUGAGGCGUCGUGAGGGAUAUGUUGUUCCCGAGGAAAAGAUGCAUUUACUUGAACAGAGGUUAAGCUCCUCGGCAGUAUCUCCAACUUGUGCUAUCUCAAUUUCUUGAAUGGGUGUUCAAGGAAGACGUCAUCAAAGUCUUUCAUUUAGUAGUAGUUUUCAUUUUGCAGACAUUCUGUUUGGGAUUUGUAGUUGUGUCGUUUAUGUUCAAAGUUGCACUUAGACUUGUAGUGCGCUUCUUUUGUGGCUUUUAGAAUCCGUUCAAUUGAGUAGAAUGGAAGAUGCGUUACCUUUCAAUGACUCUAGCUAGGUUCUUGGUUCUCUCAGUCAUAUAAUUAAUCAUUAUGAAUGUUGUAUUGAUGCUUUCUGGACUAUAGUUUUUUCUUUUUGGGAGAAUUUUGACUGGUGUCGUAUUCUGAUUCCGGCAAUGAAGUGCUUGUAUGUUUGGAUCGUUUUUUCAGUGUGUGUUUUUGAUUGUUUUUGUAUUGAGAAUGUAAAAAGUUGUAUUGGAAAUGUAAAAAGGUAUGUGCGAUGGGACAAUUAUUGUUUAAUUAUUUUGAAAAAACUAUCAAAAAAACCUUCCAAACAGAUGUGUCCUCCAUGUGUUUUACGUAUUUGGAGUUAAGUAAUAUGACAAUCCUCCAUGUGCUUUGUAUUAGUCGUUCAAUAUGUAUGUUUCGUUCAGUACAUAAUUGUCGUAAAACUUCCUUGUCUAGACAUGUACAUACAGUUUCAUAAGAUGAGCGCAAUACAAAAAUGCUUCACAAGUCAUACACGGUUGUGCUUGAAAUUAUGGGUCGGAUUGUAAAUGGG